GGACGGUGUCAGCCGAUCUGAUCGAUGCCGAUCAAAGAGCCGGUGGACGCGGGUGGCUGAGGGAGGCCCUGUGGCAGGGUUAGGGUUGGGCGCCUGUCGGAGUCAGUCUGCCACGGCAACUCGCUCUCAGCCUCCAUUCUCUGCUACACAGCGGACACAGCGGACGCUCUUAUACCACGCCCGCCGCUCACCCGCCCCGCCCGCCAUGCCCCUCCCCGACGACCUCACCGCGCCCAUCGACGUCCUCCUCAUCGACAACUUCGACUCCUUCACCUGGAACCUCUACCAGGCCCUCUCCAUCCUCGGCGCACAGGUCACCGUCGUCCGCAACGACGCCAUCGCCCCCGACGACCUCCCCGCCCUCCACAUCAACGCCCUCAUCGUCUCCCCCGGCCCCGGCCACCCCUCCACCGACUCGGGCAUCUCCCGCGAUGCCAUCCGCUACUUCACCGGCAAGGUCCCCAUCCUCGGUGUCUGCAUGGGCCUCCAGUGCCUAGUCGAUGCGUAUGGCGGCCAAGUAUCAUACGCAGGCGAGAUCGUGCACGGCAAGGUCUCCCACGUCCGCCACGACGGCCGCGGCAUCUUCAAGGCCGUCCCCCAGUCCAUCAAGUGCACCCGCUACCACUCCCUCAGCGCCGGCGCGCCCUCCCUCCCCGACUGCCUCGCCGUCACCGCCACCACCCAGGAGAGCGGCGUCAUCAUGGGCGUCCGCCACCGCGAGUACACCAUGGAGGCCGUCCAGUACCACCCAGAGAGCAUCCUCUCAGAGUCUGGCGACGACCUCCUCCGCAACUUUCUCAAACUCAAGGGCGGUCGCUGGGACGCGGAGGAGAACAAGCAGUUUGGCGUCGUCGGCGAGGGCAAGGAUGGGUUGAACGGCAGCGCACAGGCGAACGGCCAGGCGCACGCUGGUCCGUCCAAGGCCGUCAACGGCCCUGGCAAGGCCCCCACCAUCCUCGAGCGCAUCUACGCACAGCGCAUGCGCGACGUAGAGGCCGCAAAGGCCACACCCGGCACAUCCCCCGCCGACCUCGACGCCCUGCUCGCCAUGUCGCUCGCGCCGCCCCUCACGUCCUUCGUCGACGCCCUCCGCCGCGCACGCCGCAAGCCCGCCCUCAUGGCCGAGAUCAAGCGUGCGUCCCCGUCCAAGGGCAGCAUCGCCCCGAACGCAAACGCAGCGCAGCAGGCCCUCACCUACGCCCUCGCCGGCGCGUCCGUCAUCUCCGUCCUCACGGAGCCGACGUGGUUCAAGGGCAGCCUCCUCGACAUGCGCCUCGCCCGGCAGGCCGUCGACGCGCUCGCGGAACGCCCCGCCAUCCUCCGCAAGGACUUCAUCUUCGACGAGUACCAGAUCGCAGAGGCCCGCCUCCACGGCGCGGACACCGUCCUGCUCAUCGUCGCCAUGCUCGCCGAGCCGCGCCUCCGCGCGCUCUACGCGUACGCGAAGACGCUCGGGAUGGAGCCGCUCGUGGAGGUGAACAACGCCGCGGAGAUGGGCGUCGCGCUCGCGCUCGGCGCGCGCGUCGUCGGCGUGAACAACCGCAACCUCCACGACUUCAACGUCGACAUGGCCACGACGAGCCGCCUCGCCGAGAUGGUCGCCGGCGCGGAGGUCGUGCUCUGCGCGCUCAGCGGCAUCGCCGGCCCCGACGACGUCCGCACGUACCUCGGCCAGGGCGUCGGCGCCGUCCUCGUCGGCGAGAGCCUCAUGCGCGCCAAGGACACCCGCGCGUUCAUCCGCACCCUCCUCGACUGGCCCGCCGCGCCGCCGCCCGCGGACGGCGGGAAGGGCAAGGAGAAGGCGGGCGACGCGCCGCUCGUGAAGAUCUGCGGGAUCCGCACCGAAGACGAGGCGCUCAGCGCGAUGGAGGCCGGCGCGGACAUGCUCGGGCUCAUGUUCGUGCCCUCGAGCAAGCGCGCGGUGUCGCUCGCGCAGGCGCAGGCGAUCUCCGUCUCCGUGCACGCCUCGCGCUUCGCCCGCCCCGUCCGCUCGUCCAGCCCCCCGCUCUCGCCCGCCCCCGCCACGCCGUCCUCGCUGACGACCAACUUUGCGGGCAGGAUCGCGCAGGCGGAGGCGUGGGCGGGCGCGGAGAUGGAGCGCGUGCCGUGGUUCGCGGCGCACGCCAAGGCGACGCGCGACGCGCUCGCGCCGCAGGACUCGCCGAACCGCCCGCUGCUCGUCGGCGUGUUCCAGGACGCGCCGCUGGAGAAGAUCGUGCGCGCGGUCGAGGUCGCGCACCUGGACAUGGUGCAGCUCCACGGGCGCGAGCCCGCGGAGUGGGCGAGGUUCCUGCCCGUGCCCGUCGUGCGCGUGGUGCAUGUCGGGGAGCGCGGCUUGGACGCGAUCGCGGAGGUCACGAGGCCGGGGCUGAACCAGUUUGUGCUGCUGGACGCGGUGCGCCCCGGCGGCGACGGGCUCAGCGGCGGCGGCGGGGUGACGCUGGACUGGGACAUCGCGCGGGAGGUGGUGGAGCGCGGCGAGGCGCCUGGCGUGAAGGGCGCGGAUGGGAGGAUGCCGAUCAUCCUCGCCGGGGGCCUCACGCCGGAGAACGUCAGGGAGGCGGUGGAGACGGUCCACCCGUGGGCUAUUGACGUGAGCGGCGGCGUGGAGUCGAGCACUAGGCGGGGCAAGGAUAUGGCCAAGGUGCGGGCCUUUAUCAAGGCUGCCAAGGGCUGGUGAGGAGGGUGAUCUGUAGGCUCGCUGCUGUGACCAAAAUGCGCUGUAUUUAUGGGGCUUCGUGUACAUAGGCUUGACAACUAAUCUGUCUGCGCUGGAAUGCUCUGUUACCUAGUUUUGCUGGUAGUAGCAAGGUGCAUCCUAGGUUGAGACGUUUCGCGGUGCGGCCAACGGUAAAGAUGACAUUCUAUUGGCGAGGACUCGAGGACUCGUCACCGCAAGAAGUGGCUGAGUACUGAAGCCUUC